AUGGACUACUUUUUCAAAAAAACAGUUCUGGAUACCAAGCCGGUGGUGCCUGAUCCUAAGAAGGAUAGCUCUGAUCUUGCGUCUCCUUCUCAACCGCUGACCAUUGCCAUAGCUAUUAGUGGGAGCAAUAAAAGCAAGAAUGUAGUUAAGUGGGCGCUCAAAAAGUUUGGUUCUGACAAAAAUGCCGUUUUCAAGCUGAUUCACAUCCAUCCAAAGAUUACUUCUCUACCUACACCUACGGGAGAAAUGGUCUCUGUAUCGGAGGCACCAGAGGAUGUGGCGGCUACUUAUAAACGACAAGUGAUGCAGGAGACAAAGGACACUCUUCUUAAACCUUUCAAGAAAAUGUGCGAGCGGAAAAAGGUUGCAGUGGAACUUCAAGUGCUUGAAUCUAAUAGUGUUGCAGUGGCGAUAACCAGAGAGGUUAAUGAGCAUUUGAUCAGCAUUCUUGUCAUUGGACGUUCAUCUCAUGGUGCCAUGUCGAGGAAUCAUAAUAUUACCGAGAAGUUGUCAGCCUUUGUGUCAAACCUUUGCACAGUCUAUGUUGUCUCAAAAGGAGUCUAUAUUCUUUCAAAAGAUAAAUUAUCCUCAGACACGGAGAGGAAUGAAACUUUACUGGAUUCUAGUAAUGAGAGAACGGAGGAUUCCUCCAGCUGUUCUUCUGGUUCAGGACCCUCAGAUGUAAUGUCAAAUGCACUCAAAUCUAACCCACAUGCUCUGUCCAAGAAGAGAUUACAACAUCUCCCGACAAUAGUAAGAGGGGUUACUGUUCAUAUGGAAACUAGUUCUGCUGAUUCGGAUGAAACUAGAAGUAUGUCAUCGGAUCCUGCCGAGGAAGUAAGCAAGAGAAGUAGCCCUGAAACAUCGCGUACUGUUUCUUGGAAUCCUCGGUAUAGAGAUUUUGAUGAGAGAAAAGACGCUAUGAGCUCUAUGUCUAUGUAUGAACAUGGAAAUGUUACUCAAGGUGGAGAUUAUUUCACAGACAACGAGGACACUCUCAAAGAAAUUACAAAGUUAAGAGCUGAGCUUAGACAGGCUCAUGAAAUGUAUGCAGAGGCUCAAGUAGAAACGUUGGAUGCUUCUCGCAAGCUAAAUGAGCUUAAGUUUGAAGAGCUAACGCUAAUGGAGCACAGAACUAAGGGGUUAGCAGAAAAGGAAACACAGAACUUUGAGAAGAAGAGAAGGGAAGAGAGAGAAGCUGCACAAAGAAGAGAAGCCGAGAUAAAGGCGAUCCGUGAAGCCAAAGAAAAGGAGAAACUGGCAGAAAGUUCCAUUGUGGCUCCUCCUAAGCUGCAAUACCAAGAGUUCACUUGGGAAGAAAUCAUUACCGCCACUUCAUCAUUCUCUGAAGAUCUAAAGAUCGGUAUGGGAGCUUACGGGGCUGUUUACAAAUGCAGUCUGCAUCAUACAACCGCUGCUGUCAAAGUUUUGCAUUCCGCUGAAAGCAGUCUGUCGAAACAAUUUGAUCAAGAGCUCGAAAUCUUGAGCAAGAUCAGGCACCCACACUUGGUUCUCCUUCUAGGAGCAUGUCCUGAACACGGCGCACUAGUCUAUGAGUACAUGGAAAAUGGUAGCUUGGAAGAUAGACUGUUCCNCCCGGGAGAAAUGGUCUCUGUAUCGGAGGCACCAGAGGAUGUGGCGGCUACUUAUAAACGACAAGUGAUGCAGGAGACAAAGGACACUCUUCUUAAACCUUUCAAGAAAAUGUGCGAGCGGAAAAAGGUUGCAGUGGAACUUCAAGUGCUUGAAUCUAAUAGUGUUGCAGUGGCGAUAACCAGAGAGGUUAAUGAGCAUUUGAUCAGCAUUCUUGUCAUUGGACGUUCAUCUCAUGGUGCCAUGUCGAGGAAUCAUAAUAUUACCGAGAAGUUGUCAGCCUUUGUGUCAAACCUUUGCACAGUCUAUGUUGUCUCAAAAGGAGUCUAUAUUCUUUCAAAAGAUAAAUUAUCGUCAGACACGGAGAGGAAUGAAACUUUACUGGAUUCUAGUAAUGAGAGAACGGAGGAUUCCUCCAGCUGUUCUUCUGGUUCAGGACCCUCAGAAGAGAUUACAACAUCUCCCGACANUGUUGGUCUCUCCACAAUGAUCCAAGUUGACCCAUUGUUAACUCAGUUCACAAUGUACAAACAGACAAGCCCUGUGGGAACGUUAUGCUAUAUCGAUCCUGAAUAUCAAAGAACAGGAAGGAUAUCUCCAAAAUCAGACGUCUAUGCUUUUGGAAUGAUCAUUCUGCAGCUUCUUACCGCUCAACCGGCUAUGGCACUGACAUAUACAGUAGAAAUAGCCAUGGAGAACAACGACGACGAUGAGUUAAUCCAGCUUCUUGAUAAAAAAGCGGGUAACUGGCCAAUCGAAGAGACCCGGAAGUUAGCGGCUUUAGCUCUCUAUUGUACAGAGCUCCGUUCUAAAGACAGGCCUGAUUUGGAAGAUCAGGUUCUUCCAGUAUUAGAGAGCUUGAAGAAAGUAGCUGCUAACGCAAAAAACUCGCUCUCUGCUGCACCGAGUCAACCUCCAAGCCAUUUCAUCUGCCCAUUACUUAAGGAUGUGAUGAAGGAUCCCUGUAUUGCGGCUGAUGGGUACAGUUAUGACCGGAAAGCUAUAGUGGAGUGGAUGGAGAACCACAGGACGUCGCCGGUGACUAAUUCGCCGUUACAAAACGUGAACCUUUUGCCGAAUCACACGCUUUACGCAGCCAUCGUUGAAUGGAGAAAUAGAAAUCAGUAAGGGCAACACAAAAAGAACCCGCGCUCCGUUUUGGUGCCUCUCUUUGAAACUGCGUAGUGAUUUUUUCAC